AUGUUAGCCCUCGUGAAAAACAAAGUUCCCUUAUUGAGUUUCAUCUAUGCUCCUGCCUAUGGGAAAGGUUAUUUUGCAGCACAGGGGGAAGGAGCAUACCUUUUUUUCAAAAAGGAUUUUAAAGCGAUUCCUAAUGAAAAGGUGUUUGAACAAAAUAGAAUUCAUGUGGACAAAGCUACCCCUAUAGAAAACCGAAUUUUUUUAAUUAGCAGUAUGAAAAAGUAUCGUCGAGAAGUCGAAUGGUUCGAGUCGCAAGCGAUUCAUGAUUACCAAAUUAAGGGAAGCAUUGGACUUAAAAUCGGUUCAAUUGCCGAAAAAAAAGCCCAUUACUACUUGAACACCAAUAGCUAUUUAAAAAUUUGGGAUGUCCUUCCCGUCCAACUCCUACUCCAAGAAGCUGGAGGAGUGAUCGGUGAUAUGUUUGGGAAUGAGCUCACCUACCCUAAUAACCAUUUUCAACUUGAACAGGGUCUAUUCGCCGCUCCACAAUUCUCCUUUAAAAAUUCUUUUCAACAUCUUGUAAAAAACUAA